UCUUUGUGAGAUCAGUUGCAGGGGGUGGAGGAGAUGUUAUGGUUGUGGGUGUCUGAGAGAUGUCAAUAUUUUGUAUUUGACAAAAAGGCUUUGGUAUGUGUUCUAUCUGUCUCAGUGUGAAUAGAGUUUUUGAUAAAUCAGAUAUUCAAUUCGUAUAUUAUAUACAAAUAUUAUAGUGUUGUGAUGUAAAUAAAAUAUAUUUUAAAAGUGAAGUGUGUAGGCUUAUUAUAGCCUAAAGAGCAGCUACUACAAUAAUAGUAAUCGGCCUGUGUCAUACCUGUUCUAAGUGAUUUUAUUUGAUUGAUGUCAUACCUCCUCAAAGACUUUCUGCUUGCUGAAAUCAAAUCUCUGAAGCAUCUUUCCCAGCUUGGUACUGCUCAUCUAAAUCUCGUCAGGAUGGAAAAAUAUCAGAAAUCCAAAAGUUAUAUUAAAUUUGUAAUCUAACACCUAAACGAGUCCAUGAUGGUUUUGAUAAGCUUUAUCCUAUCAGACAUAAAAAAAUUGUUGAAAUGCCCGAAAUCGACCACUGUUUGUUUUCGAAAUUUAUUAUAGAUUCCAUCAAUUAUGAGUUGUUGAAUAUGAAAAUGAAGACUUGUAAAACGUGUUGUGACAUUCAGACAUUUGACUGUUGUCGCGUAGAAGUCAGUGGUGUUGGACAUUUAGUGUUAAAAAAUUAUGAAAAACAUUCGAGGUAUUAAAAUUGGAAAAUGUUGUGGUGGAAGGGAAGGGGGUAAUUAGAUAGGAUGAAGGAUUGCAGUGCACUCUCCUAUCAGGGGAUAAAUGUGGUGGGUGGGGGUGGAGAAGUGGGGGGUAUGCACAGCAGCAAUAUGGUGGAAAGACAUCACCAUCACCCCCAACAACAGCCGAUCAUUGUGCAAAACAACAUCAACAACAACAACCACAUAAUCGAGCAGAAAGAGACAUCGUCCAUAAUGAGCAUCCGGAAACUGCCGAAAAAGCGGAAGUUUGAUUUGUCUGAGUUGGAGGAGAGUGACAGACCUGCCGAGGGUCCGCCUGCUGCUGCGCCGAGUGUGGUGAUGCCCCCUCAGGCGGCGGCCGUCGACUACUCGGCGGUGGGGGUCAGACGACAGCUGUACGACCUGCACAACAUUCCGCCGGUCAUCAUCGAGGACAGGAGUGACGACGACAGGGUCAUUGUGCAAAUCAGGGAUACUGAGUGUCAAGAGCAGAUGAUCCCUGUUAGUGUACCUGAAAUGGGUGGCGGAGGGGUGGGUGGAGGGGGUGGCAUUUUGCGCAGUACAAGCAGUCGUGCCAACGGUCGCAGUGAUAUUGAACUACACGAGUGGUUGUUCCAUAGGGUGUUGGCGAAACGCGACCGCUACUACAUGCCCGGUGUCAUAAAGAAGACGGGCUCGUGCAACGAUGUGUGGGUCGAGUUGGAUAGGUUCGAAGGGGAUCUGGUGUUGUACAAGGACGUGUUGAAUCUGGACAACUGUGACGUGAUCAGUGACGCGAGCCCGGCGCUGAGUCAGGUGAAGAUCGGGUCGCGAUGUUGCGUACGAGUGGUGCAGGACGAGGCGCAGGCGAGUGUGUUUGUCGAGGCGAGUGUCGUCAACAUCCUCUCGUACCCGCUGCGCUUCGUGGUGGACAGCCAGGGAGGGCGGGUGGUGGUGAAGAGGGCCGACCUGCGCCUGCUGCUGCCUCCCUGGUGGGAUGAGCUGGUCUCCGCCUCCGAGGAUGCCUCUGUGCCCCCGCCCCCGCCUUCCGUCAGCAACGGCCAUUUGCAGCCCCUCCACACACUGCAAGUGCACCAGGUCGUGCCUACGCUCCAGCCCGUCGAUACCGGAGGAGGAUAUUACAGAUCAACAACCACUUCACCUCUUCAGAACAUGGCGACUCCGAUCAGUCAUCAGACAGCCAGCAGCUCGGUGCUUUCGAACGCGAGCGGAGACGACCUGAGGCGGCGCCACUAUGACGACUUCUGCGAGAGUGAUGACGAACUACGUCAAGAGGACAUCCAGUUCCCUUCUGAUGCUGAUGGUUGCCGUGUAUCAACUAGCAGCAAAAGAAGUAGUAUGCAGAGUCGGGGCAGUACGUCGAGUCUGAUGGAUCACGGCAGUAUCACUCCACGUUCCACGCCAGCCACUCCAAGGUCGCAGGCGGCGACGCCUCACAAGUACAAGAAGGGUGACGUGGUGUCGACCCCUAGCGGCAUCCGCAAGAAGUUCAACGGCAAGCAAUGGCGCCGCCUGUGCUCCAAGGACGGAUGCCCUAAGGAGUCGCAGCGUCGCGGCUACUGCUCGCGUCACCUCAGUCUCAAGGGCAGCAGUUUGCGCGCCGCGCCUGCCGCCUUUCCUAGGGGUAAAGGUAGUGUUUUGGAUGGCGAAGAAACGUCCAGAGACUCAGAAACUUCACCGAAUUACAGUGACAGACGCAUCACUGAUCGGUUCGACCCUGACGAGAAGGAAGCUGCCAAUAUGCUCGUGUCGCUGGGCAGUUCGCGGUCAGCGACGCCGGCGUUCUCGUCGCCAACAGGGGGCGGAGGGGGGUGUUCGUCGUCGGCCGUGUCGCCGGGUGUGACGAUGCAGUCGCCGGUGCCCCCUGUCGGCUCCCGCCACAACCUCUUCCUGCCCAUCAACAGCCGCGUCAGAGGGGGCCCCGUCACGCCCAAUCACGCCCAUCCUCACUACUCUCUACCUGCCUUCCAACAGAAUGUCAUCAGGCCGGAACUGGUGCGUCCAGGGGCUCUGAUGGGCUCGCCGAGCACAAGCAUGAGUGUAGCCAAUCAGAACAGCGGCAGCAGCACAUCGAUGGCAACCAGUGUAAUCAGGAUCUCACCGAACCCGGCUGCGGCGGCGGCUGCGGCAAGUGGUGGCGGAGGUGCGGCGGCCGCCGUGGCGCAAAUGAUCUCAUCGUGGCGACAGGAGAGUGGUCCCUCGCCGCAACCGCAGCCCGCCUCCAGCUAUGAGCAGCAGCAUCAUCCUCAGCAGCCGUCGGUUGUCGUCUCCACUGCCUCCUCCAACCACCACCACCACCACCAACACCACCAGAGCCUCAUUCUGCAGCAGGCGCUCACCAAUGCCGAUAUGCACAUAAAAGGCAUAGAGUCGCCGGCUGACAGCCACGGCUCUCGGCUGGUGAGCUUUGCUGUGGUGAGGGAGCCGCUGCAGGAGAACAAUGGACGACUGCAGCAGGAAUCUGUCAUCAAGAAGGAGAACUCCACUUCAUUAUCCCAUCCGUCCAUUUUCCUCGAUAACAACUCCACGUCUGUUUUGCAACAGGCAAGCAAGAUUGGCUUACACGUUUCGACUGGCGCCAUCACACCGACCUCGUCACACCAACAGGCCACCAUUUCCCAGCAACAGCAGUCAAUAGCUGCGACAGUUCAGCAACAACAGCAGUCGAUAGCUGCAGCAGUUCAACUGCAGCAGCAACAACAGUCGAUAUCUGCAGCAGUUCAGCUGCAGCAACAACAGCAGUCGAUAUCUGCGGCAGUUCAGCAGCAGUCGUUAGCUGCGGCAGUUCAGCAACAGUCGUUAGCUGCGGCAGUUCAGCAACAGUCGUUUGCUGCGGCAGUUCAGCAGCAGCAGCAGCAGUCGAUAGCUGCGGCAGUUCAGCUGCAGCAGCAGCAGACAAAGACAGCAGCCGCAGUACCCGUGAACAACACGAUGACAGUGACCAGUAGCAGUGGUAGCAGCAACCAGAAGUUCCAGCAGGUGAUAGUGCAUCCCACCGAGCUGCUGCCUGUGCUGCCGCUGCAACACAAACGGUCCGACCAGCCCGAGAACAAUGCGCCCGAUAUCAACAUGACGUCGAACAACGCAUUGACGGUCUACCCGUGGGAAGUGCUGGUGCCUCUAUUGAACGCGGCAACCAGUGGCUCAUCGCCGCCUCCACCGCCCCCGUCACCGCCCCUGUCCGCCCCACCGGUGCCCCUCGACGUGAGCGCCGCCCCCGAGGAUGACGACGACGUGUUCGAGCCGGAAGUGAGCAUUUCAUCGUCGACGGGGGCGGGUGCGGAGGCGGCAGAGGCGUUAGCGGCCGGAAAGCGGCGCACCCAGUCGCUCAGUGCGCUCACCAACUCCAAGGAACCCCACAGUCCGCUCAAGGCGAAAGACAGGAUCAGACGGCCGAUGAAUGCGUUCAUGAUAUUCAGCAAGCGACACCGCGGGAAGGUGCACCAGCUGCACCCCAACCAGGACAACCGCACCGUCUCCAAGAUCCUCGGCGAGUGGUGGUACGCCCUCGGUCCAGACGAGAAGCAACAGUAUCACGAGCUCGCUUCUGAGGUGAAAGAGGCGCACUUCAAGGCGCACCCGGAGUGGAAGUGGUGCAGCAAAGACAGACGCAAGUCGUCGAGUGGCUCGGCAGGCGGCCGCGGCAAGCUGGGCUCGGUCGAUGAGGGCCCCCUCUCACCCCCCACGCCCACCAUGCCCAUCACACCCAAUCUGCCGCUGGUCUCCUCCACUCCCCUCGCCACCCCCACCACCACCACCACUACCACAACCAUCUCCGACAAACCACUCGAAAAUAAAGUGAAUCAGCCGAAACCAGACGGAGCAGCAGCUGCGAGGAAUAGAAUUCGUAAUGAUGAAGAUUUCUCUGAUGAAGAUCAAAUGGUGAUCUGCGAAGACACGGAGCUGGACCUGAAGUGCAAGGAGAAGGUGACCGACUCGGACUCUGAGUCGCAGGACGAGGCGGAGCCGCUGAUCGAGAACAAGGCGUUUCCACAGCAGAGGUUCAGCCCGGUGUCGGGUCUGCCGGCGGCCGGUGACGUCACCUGUCGGCCGAAGCCCAUCAAAGUGGCCAACACCACGUCCACCACCACCACUGCAAGUGCAUCAGCUGCUGCUGCUACUAGCAUCAAGUCGUACAUGUCUCAGGUGCAGCCACAGGUGCAGGUGCAGGUGCAGGAGAACCCCCUCCCAUCGCCGCUGCCCACCUUCGCCUACCACUCGCCCAUCAACCCGAGUGGCGUGUCCGCAUUUCAGCCAACCGGCGGCGCCUUCAAAACUAUGCCUGCUUCGCCCAAGGUGUUCAAACCAGAGCCGAUGAACACCGACGAACACCUGAAGAACAAGAACGGAAUGAUGGUGGUCAACCAGCAGCAGCAGCAGCAGACGACCACCUCUUCAGUGGGCACGACCCUGUUCCGCGCGCAGCCACUCACCACUGUGAAGCUGACCGCCACCAAAGCAACCGUUCUCAACACAAUGCCCAAGCAGUCGAGUCACAACGUGAAGAUAGCCGCCGCACCCGAAGUGGCCGCCGCAAGCAUCAUUCAGACAAAGCCCGUGAUGCAAGUGACGGCCGCCAUGCAGAACCUCGGCCAUGACAGGAACGUGAGAACGGUGCUGACGUCAGCUGCCUACAGCACGGCCAACGUGAAGGCGCCGAUCAUCACCAACGCAACCAUUCUGCAGCCGAAGACGGUCACCAGUUCGCAGUCGAUACUCGUUCCUAGUCAGAACACCAUGAAGACGGUUCCCGUUCUGCAGCGAACGCAGACAUCGGGCCACCCGCUGACGCUGACCUUUCUGAAUCCGGCGUCGCUGAGCAUCGCCGAGUCGGGUCCACUGCUCACCAACCUGGUCAUCAAGCCGCGGCUGCUGGACGGCGGCGAACAGGUGGCCGCUAGCGGCACCACUGACCAGAACACUGUCCAGUACUUUGUGCACCAGGGCCGGCUGCCCAACGUCACCUAUCUGCCUGCGCAGGCUGGAUUCCAGAUACCGAUCUCAGACUCAAGUGGGCGCCAGAUCUCAGUUCACCAGGCGACGCCCAUCAAAAUAGUGUCAUCAUCAUCAUCAUCUCAACCACAACAACCCCCCACCACUCCAACUGUGAUAGUGCCCACAUCUCUUAGUCAAAAUAUAAUUAAAGAAGAAAAGAAGACUGUUCACUACAAAGAUUUGGAUGUCUCGAAUAGCGACCAACAAGGCGGCCCAGGGGCAGCUGCUCAGUAUUAUCAAGAACUAGGUAAGAAGACAGAGGAAGAUGAACAAGCUGAGAAAGGAAACUGUGAAUCAACCAGUUUCUCAACUUCCUAUAAUCAUAGUCAAUCACAGAUGAAAAUGGAGGAAGAUGGGAGUGAAGAUGUGAAGGAGGAGCAGAUGCUGUUGAAGGAGGAGGAGGAGGAAGAACGGAAGACGUUUAUCCUGGCGCCGACCCCUGCUCAGCUGGGCAAGGCGCCUUUGCAGCGGCGGCAGUCUCAAUCUGUGCAGUUGGCGACAUCCGUGAACUCGUCCAUCAACUGCCAGCCGCUGUCUGCGAAUAGUGGUGGGGCUGUGGUGGGGGUGGCGCCAGGCAGUGCCAACAGCUGCAGCAGUGGAGGCAGCAGUGGAGGCGGCAGCGUGGACACCAAGAGUGGCAUUUUGGCGACGGUCGAAGACAUGGUCGGCGGCGAUGUGCCAGAGUCACCCUCCGUCAAGAAGAACUUCUUCAAGAAGAAUGUCGAGGAUGGCAUGGAUCGGGUAUUGGAGCAGGUGAACUUUGAGAAGAAGUUCUCGUCGCUGCCGGAGUUCAAGCCGGAGGAAUGCCAGUCGCCCAGUGCCAUCUCAGUGCCGUCUAGUCCGCACGUCUUCAAUGUACAAAACUUCAGGAAAAAGCAGCAACAACAGCAGCAGCAACAGCAUCAGCAACUACAACAACAGCUCCAACAACAGCUUCAACAACAACAGCUGCAGCAACAGCAACAACAGCAGGCACAACAACAGCAGCAGCAGCAGCAGCAACAGCAGCAACAGAUGUCUAGAGAUGAGGAAUCAGGCUCGGACGUACCUAUCUCGGCGACGCCUAAGUCGGCCAAGCUGACCGGAACGACGUUUUUUGGCCCCGACUUUAACCUGGAGGCGUUCAAGGGCAGCGGCGGCAGCAGCACAGACGAGGGGGGUGGCGGGGGCGGAUUCGACGGGGGCGCCUCACCGCGCACGCCCAAGACGCCGGGUGGCCGUGACGCCGAGAAGGGCCAUCGCAAGGUGCUCGAGCAACGUCGCCAGCUCGUCAUGCAACUGUUUCAGGAGCAAGGCUUCUUCCCCUCCACUCAGGCCACCACCGCUUUCCAGUCUGAUCAUGCUGACAUAUUCCCGAGCAAAUCUUCUCUACAGUUGAAGAUCAGAGAAGUGCGACAGAAACUGAUGGCUCAGUCGAACACCACUCCGCAUGCACUAGUCAGCCCUGUCGAACCCAAUCAAGGAACAUCUUCGAUGUCAGCCACAAUAACAGCUGUGAUCCCAGCCUCUUCUGGUAGUUAGCUUUUGACCAGCACUCGUUUCAAGAAAGACAUAUUCAUAUUUAAACCCAGAUAGUCUCCAACGCUCACACACUAAACUCAUGAUCUCCCUAAUUGAUAUUAUGUUCUCUUUUUUGAGAAACAUUCUUGCUCCCAACACAUUUGAAGGGUCUUUCACGAACUAUUUAGCGUUUAUAGAUAUCAUUGUAUUUAAUUUAGUUAUAACCUGUGUGUAGCUUAGCUAUUAUUUGAUAACGAAUCGACUCUUUAUAUUAACAGUGAAUUACAUUUUUAUAUUUAUAGAUGUAAUCAAAUUUAUAUUAAUAAAUUUCUAAGUUAGCAUUAUUAUUAGUUCGACUAUAUUAUGUGUACGGUAUAGUUAGUUGUUUUUAAGGCAUACCUACAUUUUUAUUAGACAUCGUAAUUCAAUUGGUUCAAAAUUGACUUUAAUUACACAUAUUUGAAGAUUUUUUUUUCAAUGUGGAAGGCAAGUUUUAGAAAAUAGUUAUUUUAUAUUUUCUUGGAUCAUGCAACUUUAGUGCAAUAGUUUGAACCGUUAAUGUCGUCAACUUGAAACAAGGGACUCAUUUACACAGCAUCAAUUGGAUCUGAGGUUUUUUGUAUGGUUAGCUACGUUAAUCUUUGAUCAAGUGUCGGGGUAUCAAAAUCAAUGUUCAACAGAAUUCUGGUCAUCCACUAUUUCACAAUAACUACUUGAGCUUAUGUGGUAUUUGUUGCUUAACAACUAAUGUUGAAAUUUGAAAUGAAAUAAUGAGAGAUAUUUUAUUAAUGUAUUUAGAAAUGAACUGCUUACUGCUUUAAAUGUGGGACUGAUUAGAAGUAUCUCAGUUUAUUACUGACGACUUCACUGCCUUCAAAGGCCUAUCUUACUAUAUGUACUCAGAUCGUUUUAUCUGUUGAAAGAUUACAACUCUUUCCAAUAAUAUUACUUUAUGUUGGAAUGUUAUACAAUCCAUUAUUGGGUUUGUUUGGAAUAGAAUAUCAAGGUUGAAGAAUUCGAAUUAAAUCUGUGAUUUGAUCAUGACAAAAAGUUUGUAGGAUGCGUUUUCUUAGAAUCUAUGACAUUUCGAAGAAACAAUGUUGUUUAUUUUUUGUUAUAUUUUAACAUUGCAAGGAUAAAAUACUGUAAGAGUACAUUUAAUAAUUUUGUAUUGAUAGAAAUACAAAUACGAACUUCAAUCGUUGUUUUAGGUAGAUUAUUUUGUCUAUCUAUGAAAAUUUUGAUUGCUAGUGAACCCCCAACAACAAUAUCAUUAUUUUAUCACAUUAUUGAACAAGAUGAAACCAUAUUUUCCUGUUUUUAAUUUCAUUUGUUUAUUGAUUAUAAGCCUAAGCACAAUAGGGUUAUUGAUUAUAUUUACGGUAGUCUACUCUCAUACAAUUGAAAUAAUGUUUUCAAUCUGUUCAAUAAUAGACGAGCUUCUAAUUUCACUGUUAUCCUAUACACAUUCACAUGUAUUAGUAACAUUUUACAAUUUCUGGAUAAAUUGAGUCGUAUGCAAUAAAAGCUGUCAACAUGUAGUUUAAUAAUUUUUUCUAAUAACCAACUGAAUAUUUUUAGAUGUCAUCUCGUUUAAUUGUUCUGUUAGUAAUUAACUUUCUUUCUACUAUAUAAUAAUAAGAAAACCAGUACUACUGUUAUGCUGUUUUUCAAAAAUCAAAUCUAUUUAGACAAACUAAGACGUUCUUCCUUACUGUAAUAGAGUUUCAAAUUUUUGUAUAAUUGUAAUUUAUGUUUAAUAUCUCACUAUAUGAUAACAUUCGUGUAUAAAAUGUAAAUACUAGAUUAUAUUAAGUAUUCUAUUUGUGCUGGACAUUGUUCGUAAUUUAAUGUUCUUAAUUAACUUAGUUAUCAUCAAAAAUGUAGUCAUUCUUCAAAUCGAUUAUUUCCUUGAUAGUUUAUUUAUUUAUGUUUGCCAUGUGUACGAAUUUAGGGUGGUUUAAAUAUUGAUUUGCAAUAGAUGCAUGCUUAACCCAAUCUUACUAGAAUGGCUAGUUUCAUUGACAGUGCAUAGCCUAUUAUUGUCCCUUACCCAUAAUAGUAUUUGUAGAUUCAAAUGUGAAUAAUUGAGACAUCUGUCUUUCAUUAUAGGCUACAUAAGUGAGGAAAUAGAUUGUGAAUAGUUAAUUGUUUUUAGCUAAGUAGGUUUUUAUGUGAAUUAUUAACUAAAUGAUCUGCAGUCAACAAAUUUCCAAAAAGCUCAUAACAUUGCAUUUCAAAUAGUUAUUUUAAUGUAAGAUGACAUUUUUACUGUCAUAUUUCCACGUUAUCAUCCUUCACAUAUAUAUUUAAUGAUUCAUGCAAUAGAGUUACAAAUUUCAAUAUAAAUUAUUCACUGAACAUUUAAUAAUAACCAAUUUGACCGAAAUCAUAUUACAGGUUAAAUACCUUGUUUUGAAAAAAUAAGAUAGUUGUAAGUACGUUAGAUAAAUAAUAUUGCUCUUAAGACAAACAAAUAAUAUUGCUCUUAUAAGAAUGUAAUGUUGUUGGCUCAAUUGAAUGAAACCAUUCUCUCAAUUACAUUUCUGAUCGAUUGUUUUCAUUUUAAUUUUUUCAAUCUAUUAUUCUUGUCUUCGGGUUUCUCCUUUGACUUUUCUUCAAUUCUCAGUGUUGUGGAAUAGAUUUAUUAAAGUAUUGAAAAAUAUUAUAUCAAAUUUUAUUAUUUCUUGUUUUCAAUUAAUUCGUUAUUUUUAUUGGUGCUAUACCUGUUCUUCUUUCUUCUUGCUUUCAAAGUGUAAAUAACUGUACAUUAUCGUUUAGCAUUAUUCUUAUGCGUUUUUAUUCUAUUUUUUAUCUUAUUGUUAUAAUACCAAUUACCUUGAUCGUUUUUAUUCUCUUACUUGCUAGCACUAUUGCGCUUUUAAAUGCAUGUGAUUGCACAAUCUUUACGUAUUGUUAUUAGAUUAUCAUUAAUAUUAUUAUAAUAAUUGUUGAAGUAGUGAAUUUAAAAUAUAUAUUUAUAGUAUGAUUUUAUUCUAUUUUUUGACUUCAGUAGAAAUCCAUGCCACACUUUUCGAAAUAGUUAUAGCUCUAAACAAUUUAAACUGUACAAUGAACAUCUUUUACUUAUGAUUAGAGUUAUUUUAUUGAAUUUUGUAUAAUAUGGUCAUUAUUCUUCAACUCAUUAAGUGCUUUUAAUUUGUUGUGGGGGAUGAGUAACAUUAUAACCUAGCUACAUUUGGACUGUCUUUGUAUAAAUAAAUUAGAAUUGGAACCGUUUUGGAUCAUAUAAUUCGGAAUACUUGAUAGUUUCAAAAUAUUCAAUGUAGGCCUAUUCUUGCUAAUCAGUAAACCCUACCACUAUCAUAUCUGAAAUAAAACUCAUUUUAUAUAUUUUUUAUUGCGACCUUAAAAAAUCUUAAUUCAGUACUUUUUAAAGCUUAAAUCAGGUUUUCUGUAUAUUGUCGCACUGUAGGCCUACUGCUUUUCAUUGUCCUAUAUAUGUAAGUAUGAAGCUCGCCGAAACUUCAUAGUUUGUUACUACUGGAACAAGAUUCUAUUAUCAUUUCUAGUUCUGAGACCAUCAUUUCUUCACAUUUUGAAUCAUUGAUGAUAUUAAUUAUCUUUAUUCUACUAGAUAAUUCGCUUUCUAUUCUACGAGAAAUAUUGUAUUCAAGAUCAUUAUUUAUCUGUGAGUUCAUUUAGAAGUUUCAUUUCUAGUUUUGAUCUAACUGAAUUGUGUUGCUAUGGAUUUCUAUUGUAAUGUCAAUGUUAUAAUUUAUUGUAACAAAUUAAUUUGCUCUAAUAAUUUUAGACUGAUCAGUCAUAUUCUUGUGCCACUCUUGAAAAUGAAUUGUUCAUAUUAAUAUAAAAUUAUAUAAAUAUAUAUGAAUUUGUAAAAAUGUCAAAUUUGAAGGUAUAGGUGUUCGUGGAUGUUUAAAUAGAAAGGAAAAAUAUUUUUAGAAAAUCGCUACCACACACUUUGUGCUACAGGCCUUAACAAAAAUAAUGUUUGAAAAAUUGUUAACAAAAUUUGUUAUUGGUAAUAUAUAAUUAUGAAUGUCAGUAAGAUAUAACGUGUAAUUCUAAUGUGUAUUUGGUACAAUUACUGGUUAAAAAUUAUAAAUACCUAAAUGUGUAAUAAUAUGUGAGAUCAUAAUAUGUAGAGGAAAUCGAUUUUUGGCUAUUUGGCUAAGUACUUUUGUUGAGGCCUGCGCCUCACACAAAGAUUUGAAUCGUUGAUAUUAAAAAUGAAUAAAAUAAAAAUAAUUAUUAUAAAGUGCCUGGUCAUGA